AUGCGCAUAAAGAUAAACUAGAACUAAAAACGCAUUUUCUUAUACAUAACUUUUAAAUAACUUAAUAUUCUAUUUGAAAAUAAAAUUUUCAAAUAUCAACUGUAAAAGCUUGAAGGACUAUUUUGUUCUCGGAAUGUUUUAUGAAGGACACACAACCGUCAUAGCCGGAAGUUGUGAUAUUUACUCAUUCCUUGUUUUUAGGAAAGACGUCAAAACGAUUGUGAACUUUUCAGCUAUCAUCUGCGAGAAACACGAUGUCGUUCGGUGUUUAUCUGUCGUUUGUUUUAACAUUAGUUGUGAUCAGCAGUGUUUCAGCAGCCGAUGAAAACACGACUGUAUCUAUAACCACACAAAAACAAAUUACCACCCCUCGACCUGCAGUGCCUACUACGGCCAGCAUCCCAGUGACGACACCUACACUUGAGGAAGUUUGUAGAAGCAGAAAUUCAAGUUGUGAUACAUGUUUGACAGAUGCCAAGUGUCUGUGGUGUAAAACCAGCAGCAAAUGUGUGCCUUAUCCAUCGGGAGAUGUUCUCCCCAAGUCUUCUCUGUGCUCCCUCUCAGAGGCCCGCUGGGGGGUGUGCUGGGUGAACUUUGAGGCCCUGAUCAUAGCUAUGGGAGUGAUUGGAGGAAUCAUCAUCCUUGCUGUUACUGUGUGUAUCUGUUGUUGCUGUUGUUGUAAGAACAACAAAAACAAAUAUGCCAAGGAUGAUGAGAAGUGGGAGAGGAAGAAGAGAGAGAGAGAAGCAAAAUCAACUGAAAGGAGAGGUGAAAGGAAAGCACGAACAGAUGAGAUCAGGCGUAAAUACGGACUGAUGAAAGACGACAACUAUCAGAGAUUCGACAAUGAGGCAUAAGAGCAUGAAGAUACUGUACACAGUUCAGAAUCAAGGCUAUCAUGAAGGAACGAUCAGUGAGAGUUAUUUUUCUGGAUGGUGCAAUCUAUUGAUUAGAGACCAGUUUUUUUACAGUCUUGAUUUCAUUUAUAACUUAUCCAAAAAAAUCUUGACUGCAUUUCUUUAUUCAUUCAUGUUUUUAUACAUGUACAUAGCACUGAGAAAGGCUAAAGUAAUAUCGAUGUUAAGUUUGGAUUUCCCACCCGCCUGUUUAAACUAGAGCCCCACUGACAAAACUUUACAUGUGUUACAGAAAAUCUUAGGAAAUUAUUUUGAAUCAUUUUUCAUAGAGACUUAGAUGGGGUUUACUUGUAAAAUUACUUUUAAAAAAGGAAGAAUAAAAAGAUGUUCUUCCAUCGUAGCUCUGCAUGAAAAUCUUUUGACUGCAAAAGUGCAAAUUCAAACCUGUCCAGACAUUUUAUGUGUGUCCUGAUGGUGUCUUUCAUUCAAGCACAUAAUUUUACUACAUGUACAUAACAAAGAGAACAAAAGCCUUGAUGAGAUGUCUAUAGAGUUUCAUAUCCAUAUCAAUAGAAUAGUAUUUUCAUGAAAUUUAGAAGCUGAAUAUUGUAUUGAAUGUUUUGAUACACAACUUCCAAGUCACCUAAUAGUUGUUUCCCUUUUGUGGAACUCUUCUAUGCAGGGAGACACACAAAGUUUCUUUGUAUGCAUGGUGGGUACAAGUAUUUAUAAUAACAUAUAUAUAUAAAGAAAGAUCCUCAACUGCUGUGUUACAAAAUGAAUUGUGCGUAAAUACAAGUUUAGUAAUUUUAUGAGUAUGCAAAUGAAAUUGAACUUCACUAUCUUCCUUUGGGAAAAAUAUCAAUCACAAUAAUCAGUCUAUUAGUAUAUUGUACUGUACUCACCCAAACAUUCAAAUGACCACGAGUCUCCUCCAACACAGAAGAGCUGAUGUCUUGGAAAAUGUGUAUUAGGUGUCCAUUUUAAAUCUAGUUACUUGACAGUGAUGAAAAAUUAUAUUUUGUAUAAUGUAUAAAUGGUUGUAUUUUUGUAAAAGUCUGUUUAACCAGAAAAUGACUUAAAGUAAAGAAAAAAGAAAUGUCUUUUUUUAAUUUUUUAUUUGAAUAUCUGUUAUUUUAGCUUACAGUAAAAUGCCUGUAAAAUAGAUGGGGGUGAUAUUUGUUCAUGAUAAGUCUUUGUUUUAAUGUUAAAAUACAGGUCAAAAUGACAUUGUACAUGAAUGAAGAUAAUAGGAUAUAUUUGUGAUUUAUGUACAUUAAUCUCAAACGAGGAGAAAUUCUUGAAAUAUACUAUUAAAUUUUUGCAAAAAUCUGUAAUAAUUUUGACUCAUUGAAAUGUAUACAGACAAGUGAUGUUUGUAACAUUGGCAGACUUAAGGAGAAGGGGAUAUUAUACACUUUCACAUAUGAUAUGCAUAGGUUUCAUUUUAUCAUUAUACUUUGAUGUUAAAUAAUAUUGUAUUAACUUCAGUUACAAUGACUGAAAAUAAUUAUGUACUUUUAUACCCAAUGUACACAUUCCAAAGUUUACUAGCUCAAUUUUGUUUUAAAAUUCAGAUAAUGAUACCCUUUCUAAUUUACUGAUGCCUUGAAUUUUUUUUUUCGAUGAAUCAAUUUAUUAUUCUGAGAUUCCUUAAUUACUCAGAUUCAAGUAAUAGGUUACAAUGUAAUAUGUGUAAUAAUUGUCCAUGGAGAAAACAUUUUUUCCACUAAGCAGUCACACUUUGAGUGUGUACAUAACAUUGUAUUUAAUUUUUGUGCACUGUUACAUGAUAUUAAUUUUUUUUAAUUAAAAGUCGGUGUGCGUUAGGUUAAUAAGAAACCAGAAUUAAUUUGACCCAGAUUAACUUAAAUCUGCAUUAUUUAACCCACCUUGCAUUUGCACUGCAAAUGAAGAAUUUUCAAUGAUAAGCUACCAUGUAAAUUUGUAAAAAUUGGAAUUACUAUUUCAAAGUUGUAUGACAUUUAUUCACACAAUUUUUGAUAACCCUGUUCUAUCUGAUUAAGUUAUUAUUAAUAAUCAAAAUUCAGCUUUUAUAAGUAACAUAUGCUACUAAAUCCACUCUAUGUUUGUGCUGCUUUUAAUCUGGGUUGAAUUAAUUCACAUUAUGCCUGAAGUGGGUUAAGGUAAUCCACUUUUGAAUUGGUAUACUGGAAAGGUGACCCGGUGUAAAUCAGUUGUGAGUUAACCCACAAUUACUUACUAUGUAGGUUAACCCAGAUAAGUUUGUAGUCUUAUCCGAUCCUUAAAUAGAAAUACCACAACAUGCAAAUAUUGUACAUACUUAUAGCCAGAGAGAGAGAGAAUUUGAUAUUAACUGUACAGCCAUCACAAACUCCUUCACAGAUCCUUGAUUCUGGUAUACCCUACAGGCUAUGUGUCACUCCUCAGAAUUAAAUUGUAAUAAACACUUUUUUUGUGCAAAAACUGGUAUAUACAUUGUUGCAAAAAAUACAUAUAAAAGGGGCUAGUGUGCUGCACAUGGAGUUGGAAGGUGGGGUGCUAAUGUGUUGCAUGUGAAAUGGCAGGGCAAUGUGCUUGGUGUGGAGCAGGGGAGCUUCUAUUGUUUGAUCAAAAAGUCGGGAGCUCAGCUAAUGUGCUGCACAUGGAGCUUGAGAAGGGGGCUAGUGUGCUGUGCAUGGAGCUUGAGAAGGGGGCUAGUGUGCUAAGCAUGGAGCUUGAGAAGGGAGCUAGUGUGCUAAGCAUGGAGCUUAAGAAGGGGGCUAGUGUGCUAAGCAUGGAGCAUGAGAAGGGAGCUAGUGUGCUAAGCAUGGAGCUUAAGAAGGGGGCUAGUGUGCUAAGCAUGGAGCAUGAGAAGGGAGCUAGUGUGCUAAGCAUGGAGCAUGAGAAGGGGGCUAGUGUGCUAAGCAUGGAGCAUGAGAAGGGGGCUAGUGUGCUAAGCAUGGAGCUUGAGAAGGGGGCUAGUGUACUAAGCAUGGAGCUUGAGAAGGGGGCUAGUGUGCUGCGUCAAGUGGGCAAAUGUGCUGUGCAUCGAGCUAGGGGGAGGGGAAUGUAUACUGCCUAUGGAGCUGGGGUUAUAGACUUGAUUUCUUGACAAUAAUUUUUUUUUUUGGUUAUAUCCUUUUUCCCCAUUGUUGUACAAUGGAGACAGUGUACUGUUUCUGUGGAAUGAAAGUAUGAUUACUCUGACAUUGCACCUGGAGUCUGUAUGAGUGUUUCAUUACCUUGAUCUCCCUGUAAAUAGUGAGAGGGUAUUACAUUACAAUAAAAUGUAUUUCCAUGCACCAUAUGUUACUACCACUGGAUUAUAAUGCCACGAUAUCAAUGUACAUUGAAAAAUAAAGGUAAAGGAUGAUGUUUGUUAAGGGCCUAAUUUGGCCUUACAAAAAAUACAAGUUAGACUAUGAUAUUAGAUAUACAUUUUUUAGGUCAUCUGAAUCACUUGGAUGGCUUAUUGCAAUUGAUCUGCGUCCAUCGUUGUGCAUUAACAAUAGCGUAUUUUAGGUUCUUGAUAAGUACCAUUCCAUUUCUUCUUCUUUUUUUCCAUAUUUCGUGUGAAACGUAUUUGGGACAAGGGAGGCGUAAAUUUUAGGGCUCAUUAAAUUUUAGGAGGUGAGACGAAAAUUGACCAAUCUUCUCUACAGCUGCUUUUCUGUAAGAAAAACUAAAUGCAUAUUGAUGUGGAGCAGGAAUUCAUCUACCAAAAUUGUAAAUUUUAUGAUCCCUGGGGUAGAGGUUCUGAUGCCAAGGCAGAGUCAAACUUGCCAUGUACUGUUUAUGCAUAAAACAUUUGAAUAACACAUUUAAUUCUUUUGAUUUUAAAUUAAAACUAGAUAGAUAUUUAGAAGGAGCCGGUAGCCAUUUACCAAAAUUGAACCCAGGGGUAAGAGUUUUGGUUCAGGGUGGGUCCAAAAUUAUUAUAGUGAUUAUUGUCUUUAUCAUUUGCUGCUAUUAGGUCUAUAUAUAAAAAUUUAUGUAUUUUGGGAAAAAGCAAAAAGGGAUGUACCAAAAUUGUGAAUUUUCUGACUAUAGGGUGGGUCAAAAUAGUCUUGCACUUUAGGGAGCACAUUUUAGAGAACACAUUUUGUUUUUUAUUGCUGCUGAAUAUUAGAAUUUAGCAAAUAUGCAGAACAGGAGAACUACUCUAGAGUCCAUAGCCUUUGGGGCUAGUGAUACUUUAAUAUUCAAGUGACCGAUAAGGCCGGUUUGUCUUUUGCUGGAUAUUGAUGUUAUGGAAUUGAUAUCAACAUUUUAGUACAUUCUUUGUCACUUAUUUUUUUUUAAAAAUUGAUUGUUUUUGCUUGUGAUAUGAAAUGUUGAAAAUUAAACUACAAUCACUUAA